UAAAUGAUCAGACAUCAUAAGAUGAUAAGACAGAUCCCGAACAACUGAUCAUGAUAGAUCUAAUCUAGCGAUUACUAGAUCUAGGCAAUCUAGCAUCACCUAGGACUAGAAUAUCUAGAUCUUAGAUUUAGAUGAUUUAAUCGUUCUAGGAGUAUACUACUAUAGUAUAACAAAUCAUGGUAUACCCAAAUCAUCUACUAUUCUAGAUUCUAGUCAUUCUAGAUCUAGAUUCCUAGUCAAGUAAAAUAAAAUGAGUUCGGAUGAGAAUCAUAAUGACAAUGAUAAUGAGUUGAAUGAGAACUCAUUGAACUGUGAUGGAAAUUCAUCUACCACAUCUGAGAAAGCGUUCUGCACUUCAAAGACGACAAAGAAGAGAAGGAAAAGAAAAAAUUGCAAAUCAGAUAGCAUUAAUAGUGACAUAAUAGAUAUUUCAGAGCAGCCUUCAAAAAGAAGAAAGCUCAGAUCCGAAACCAGUGGUCGCAAGCUUGGCAGUUGGUUAUAUUCUGAAAAAACAAAGUUGUUAGAAGCUAUAAAGCGCUAUGGUCAAGAUGAUUAUUUUAGGAUUUCCCAGUAUAUUGGAACUAAAUCUGUUCAAGAGGUAGAGUCCAAAAUUGAUGCACUUACUAUAGAAAAAGAUGCCAAAGAAGAAAGGAUCAAGGAAUCUGAAACAGUUUAUUCACCUAUUGAGAUCUGGUCAGAUUUAUUACAAGAUAUUAUGCUUUUGGAAAAAGACUACUCUCAAACAUUGUCAGAGACGCUUGGGCUGAUUACUAGAACUGAACAAUUUAAAGACAGUAAAAUCCCUCGACUGCAGUGGAAGAACAUCUACCAGUACCUUACUGACCUUUUUGCAGAUCGGGUGUCUGUUAAGACUCUUACAGACAUUGAGUCUCUUGUUGUAUUAGACUUGAUGAAUAGUACUCGCAGAACAGUUGAACAAUUGGACAUAACAGAACAAAACAAAGUGCUGAACAUAAAAUUUGAUCUUCUCAAGUUGAAAUACUAUCAGAAAUAUUUAACGCUGUCCAAGGAGAUUGUGGGACCCUUUGAGGCCCAGGCGUUCAAUAAUGAUUUUAGAGAAGUUGAAAGAAUACUCAAGGGAGAGGAAAGUCCAGAAGACCAACAAGAAAAAGCUGAGAGUACUUUUGUGAAACCUAAAUACAUCUCAUUGAAUCCACUGUGUUUAGCAGCUGACAUUGUCCAACUUCCUACAAGGGGAGAUUGUUAAAAUCUCAUUAUUAUGUACAUAACCUUUCUUCUUGUUUUGUUCACCAAUACAGUUUUCAUUUGUUCUUGCACUA